GUGAAAAUCUUAAAACAUACUCCACAUUCUUACCAGCUACUAGUAGCAGAAUCUUGUAACAUAUAAACAAACAACAUUUAAUUGUAGGUCAUAGUAGUAGGUGACAUCGACCUUGAAACGAACGUAGCUUAAGUGACUCUUCACGCGGUUUCACGUUGUGGUUAAUUUGGAAACUCUUCACUAUCUUUUUCUUUAUGGAUUUUUUUUUGGUAGAGUGGGUUACAGUUGAGAAAUCGCACUUUCUGUAAUGAUCCAGACUCAUCUUCGGGGACGUAGAUUUGGAUAAAGCUUAUAAAGUGAAACAAAGCAUCUACGCGCCGAAUUUCUGAUGUUGUAGGAGAUGCUGGACGGAUAACGUGGGGGCUUAGCUAGUAUGCGAAUGUCUCCGAUGCAGCCACACAAAAAGCGGCUGGAGAUUGCGUAAACAACAAAACAGAUCACGCAAGCAUGAUUGUGUAUUCUUAAGUAAUUAUUUAUUUUCAGGAUAAAUCAAAAUGUACAAUACCAGUUUCAAAAAUAAUUGUACAAUACGAUGUUCAUGUGUGAACACAAGAUUGAUACAAAGUAGAUCAUGUUCUAUCAGUACGUGUACUGCAUGAAAAGAAUCAUCCACCUAUGACCACUAACGAACUCUCGUCACAUUAAAUAUUUUACACAUCAUCGUCAAUGGACAUUACACCAAAAGAAUUUACAGUAUUUAAUCAAAAAUAUGAAAAGGAACCUUCGAAUCUUUGGCUUUUAAGCAACCUUUGGCUGAAGCGAUUCUACAAUUCCCCUCUUCUUUUUAAUUUAUUUUAUCAAACAUGCUCACCUUUUUCUUUUCCUCCCACUUUCAAUGUCUCUCAUAUAUAGAUGUAAAAACAAUGCAAAGUAUAAUUAACUUUCAAAACAUGAAACUUCGAUUUUUAUCUAUGAGACAUUGACAACUGCAGGCAUGUCGAGAGCAAGAGUACGAGCUGUGACCCAUCAAGAUCUUGUUCCAAAUCCUAAAACCACCGAUCUCAGCAGCAAAACCGGUAUUUUCGUAGUGGUUUUGACCAUACUCUUUGGCCUCUCCUGCUUUGUUCUCUGUCUCUAUGCCGAAGCCACGAGAUCUCAGGCGACAUGGGGAAGCAAAACGUGCGUGUACAACGGUAGCGGUAAAACGCCGUUGUUGUGCGGUGCGAUCGCGUUCGUGGGACUAGCGGUGGCGAUGGUGGGCUUGCACAUGUACUUACUAAUAGCAGUCACCACAUCGUCGCCACUUGUUCUGGAUACGUGGGAUCCUGACUCUGUUCCUGCGAAGACACUCACUUUUCAAGCAGCCUUCUUCUUCGUCUCAACGUGGCUUUGCUUUGGUGUUGGAGAGGUUCUACUAUUGGUGUCACUUAGUGUGGAAUCAGGACAUCUAAAGAACUGGUCCAAGCCAAAACCUAGUUGUCUUGUAAUCCGACAAGGCUUGUUCUCAGCCGCGGGUGUAUUCUCACUUCUCACCGUCUUUCUAGCCGCGGGACUUUACCUAACGGCUCUUCAAGCACAUAGAAUCUCCAAAGAUCUUGAAAAUACACAUAGAGAAAUUCUCGAAGCAUCAGUUCUUUAUGCAUCUCCUCCCAGAUCACCCACGAAUCGGAUGGCGACGGUGGCUCGAGAAGGUCCUGCUACCGUUAGAGAUGAGUCAACGUCUUUGGGAUACCUUGUUUCUCUAAAGCAACUUCCAUAUAUAGUCUAGUGCUGUAAAAUGUAUAUACUAAUUCACACUGUUAAUGGAUAAAUUUUAUUUAACAUUUUAAACAUUAUACCCAAAUUUGUCUUGUAACUUGUAAGUGCAAACAAAACGAAAUUUUAAUUAAUAAUAUUAUUCACUGCGUGUUG